UAGACCCUAAAUUUUAACGUCUCUGUAUCCGAUUCUAUUUUUUCUCUCUUUCUCUCUCACACUCACACACAUGUGCGUGUCCACGUUUUAUUUACUCAAUAUAAGUAGCUCUCACUUCUAUGUAGCUUCGCGGACGUGUUUAGACCAUGGCCAGAAGUCGCUACGACGCCGCAGCGAAGAGAAAAAAAAAUAUCGCGACGACUGCAGCAAGUGAUCGAAAGUGAAAAUAGUAUUAAUAUUAUAAAGUUUAGGCUAUUGUGUGUUACGUGAAAAAAGUGUGAGACGAUGGGCAACGACAUUAACUGUUUUAAAAAAUUGAAAACUUACUACACUCCGGAGGAGGUCGGCUCGAAAGAACGAAUUGAACUUCUUCGUCGAUUUGGCAGUUUAUGCAAGGAAUUGAAAAUUUAUCGCAAAAAAGUCCACUGGGAUAUCGAAGAAGAGACAACGAAGAAGCUACUAAACGCACUUCUCGAUCAACUUGACACUUUAAUCCGAGAAUGGCAGGGUGAAUUACCAGAUCUCGGCAAUUUUUUUCGCCGCGAAGAUAUCGACUGGCUUCUCAAGCGGGCUGUGAUGAACGUAAAAAAUUCAUUCAUACAUGGUAAUCAAGGAAAAAGAAUUAUCGGCUUCGUGGCCGACACCGGCUACAAAGACAAGCCCGACCUGGAUAAAAACGGCAAGCCAAUUUUGCGUCGCAUCACACCCGUUCAUUAUGCGCACAAAAGCAUCUACGCUGAUGUGCUUCAUAAACUUUUUCAAAUAUUCAACAGGUUUGAUGUGAACUACACCGACGAAAAUGGAUUGACCCAUUUUCAUGUGGCCUGCAAGUUUGGCUUUUUUGACAUCGUCAAAAAAUUCCUCGAGCUCGGCCAAGAUCCUAAUCCCCUAUGGAAAACUACAGGCGAUUCACCGCUGCAUUUGGCUCUUAUGAAUGGCCACCCGAGGACUGCCGAAUUACUGAUGAGAAACGGCGCCAAUUUGAAUUGGGCCAACAAGGACGGAACAACUCCUUUGCAUUACAUUUGCGGGAUAUCAAACGACCCCUAUGACUUAAUGGAGAUGUUCUUCAAUAUCAAUGACGAAUUAAAUCAGGUGGUGAAGAUCGACGCCCAAGACAAAUUGGGCAAUACACCCCUACAUUGGGCCGUAGCGAAGUACAAGAAUAUGAUUGCUGAAUCACUGCUGAGAAGAGGUGCUGAUCCCAAUUCAGUCAAUAAUGAAGGAUCGACUCCUUUGCAUUUGAUAAGUCAGAGAUACAACUGUGAAGACUUUGUCAAGAUGUUCUUCAAAUGUAACGACGAAUUACAUCAGCAAGUGCAGGUCGACGUCUGGGACAGAUGGGGCCGGACACCGCUGCAAUUGGCUCUACUUCAAGGCAACAAGAAGACGGCCGAGAUUCUGCUGAGACGAAGGGCUGAUCCAAAUUUGGCCAACGAGGACGGAUCGACCCCUUUUCACACGAUUUGUCAAAGGACCGAUUAUGAUGCCGCUCGCCUGGUGGAGUUUUUUUUCGAGAUCAACGAUGAGUUAGAUCAGCGGGUGCAGGUCGAUGCAAAGGACAAGUGGGGUCGGACGUGGCUUCAAUUGGCUGUGGCGAAUCUCAAGCCGAAUAUCGUCGAUGUGCUUUUGGAUCGUGGCGCCGAUCUAUCCAGCUUCGUUUUUCCAAUUGAAAGUAAUUUUGACGAGGGCAUUCGAUUUAUAAAAGAGCAAAGUGGGUAUAAAUUGACGAUUGCGUCUGGUCUGAUGGCCGUCGUCGAACGUCUCGAGAAAAGAGGAUACGAACUGGACCGAAGCGACGUUCUGAUCGUCAUGAAAAUGUUCGCCAAGCAUGAAUUGUUCGACGAGUCGGCGAAUCUCGCAAAAUGUCGUAGUUGGUGCGACAAAAAAACAAUGGUAAAUUCGAGGCUGUCGCUCUACGAUCUGAUCCAGUUACGACCCGGAGAGGUGUCGAAAUCACUCACUUACGAGGACUGUUACAAGUUUUCGUAUGAUAUAAUGUGGAUAUCAGGUACAAUCUAUCGUAUAGUUUAUGAAACUCAUCUAAGCGAGAAAAUAAGCAGAAAAUUUUUCUGGCGUUGGGCCAUGGAUCCUUUUAUGGAGCUAAUCAACUACAGGCUGCCACAUCUCCCUUGUGAAAUGAUCAUGGAUAACUUGAAAAACAAAGAUUUGUAUCAUAUUUGUCUGGCGGCUUCGCGAUAAUGGUGAAAG